CAACGCCACACCAGUUGCUCCCGGCAUUUUUAUUUUUUAAUUUUCUUUUUCUGUUUCUGUAGCCUUCCCAUGGUUGAGAAGAAGGAUGGAGCUUGGACUUUUACGUCCAAGGGCAUUUUGGUCAUUGAUCAUCCUUGCCUCCCUUCUCCCAUGCAUGACUUGCAUCGGAAACGGGUCCCCCGCCUUAGGAAACGAGACGGAUCGACUCGCCUUGAACGCAUUCAAGGAUCGGAUAAUAUCCAACGAUCCUUACCGGGUCUUCAGCUCAUGGAACGAUUCCCUCCAUUUCUGCGACUGGAAAGGAGUCACAUGCGGUCGCCGGCAUCCUCAAAGGGUCACCGCAUUGAAUCUUGGGUCCCAACGAUUGGUGGGGGCCAUAUCACCUCGCAUUGCAAACCUCACUUUCCUCAGGAGUAUCAACCUCUCGAGCAACAGCUUCUAUGGCGAAAUCCCACGUGAAAUCGGCCGGCUCUUCCGGCUUCGGGAUCUUGAUCUGAGCGAUAAUCAGCUGCAAGGAAGAAUUCCCAAUGACCUGUCCCGCUGCUCAGAAAUCAAAUCCAUCCUUUUAAAUCAAAAUAAGCUCGUGGGCGGAAUUUCCAUCGAGCUUAGCACUCUGUCAAAGCUCGUGAAGUUGAAUCUUGGCCGUAACAAUCUCACUGGCAACAUCCCAUCAGCACUUGGGAACCUCUCCUCUCUUGUUUCUCUCUCUCUAUUUGAGAACAGUUUGGAAGGAAGCAUUCCAGAUGAAUUAGGACGGCUUGUGAAGUUACAAAAUUUUCAGAUCAGUUCAAACAAACUGUCUGGUCUGAUCCCACCAUCCCUUUAUAACCUCUCGUCCAUUGUUAUUUUCUCUGCGGUACUCAACCAACUUCACGGAAACCUUCCAGCCAAUCUAGGUCUCACCCUUCCUAAUCUCGAAUUUCUUUUCCUUUCAGCUAAUGCAUUUACGGGGCCAAUACCAGUUUCAUUACUCAAUGCUUCAUUACUUAAUUGGGUUAUUUUAUCUCGUAAUAGUUUUGGUGGAUCCUUGCCUGAAAAUUUGGGAAGAUUACAGCAUCUCAGUAAACUACAAUUAGGUCAUAAUAAGCUUGGAGGUGGAGAAGGAGACAAUGACUUGAGUUUCAUCACUUCUUUGACAAAUUGUACACGUUUGGAACUACUCGAUAUAAGUUUCAAUCAGCUAAGAGGUAUACUGCCCACCGCCAUCGUUAAUCUCUCUACAAACGUAACAGUAAUAGGGUUAGGAGGAAACCCGAUAUCCGGAAGCAUCCCAACGGACAUUAGCAAUCUCUUCAAAUUGAAUAGAUUUGGUGUAUUUGGCAGCUUUGUCACUGGUAGUAUUCCUAUUAGCCUUGGGAAGCUUCAAAAUUUGCAGGGCUUGUAUUUGUACGAAAACCAACUCUCGGGCCAAAUCCCAUCCUCCAUCGGCAACAUGACUCGCUUGGUUCAACUCAAUUUAGCAGAAAAUCGUUUUCAAGGAAGUAUCCCUUCCAGUCUUGGAAACUGUCGUCAUCUUGAUUUAUUACUCCUCCAAAGAAAUGAGCUUAACGGCACUAUACCCAAUCAAGUUUUAAGUAUCCCCUCUCUGGUUUAUCUUGAUGUUGGUGAGAAUAAUUUGAUCGGAUCUCUACCAUCGGAAGUUGGUAACUUGACACAACUUCAAGAAUUUUAUGUUGAUCACAACAAAUUGAUAGGUGAAAUUCCCAGCACGCUAUGCAAUUGUCUGAGCCUUCAAGUCCUUAAUUUGAGCAAUAACUUGUUCCAAGGAGUUAUUCCUCUUUGUUUUAACAAUUUAGAAGGUAUUAAAUGGCUAGAUCUUUCUCAUAAUAACUUGUCUGGUCAUAUUCCAGUAGCUCUGGAGAAACUUCAAUCUCUAGAGUACUUGGAUUUGUCAUCCAAUGAUCUCGAUGGCCAACUCCCAACUCAAGGGGUUUUCAAAAAUUCAAGUGCAUUUUCAGUCCUUGGAAACAACAAGCUUUGUGGAGGUAUCCCACAACUACAGCUGCCAGCGUGCCCAAAGAAAGCUCCUAAGAAACAUGGAAGGUCUAUUUCUCUAAGAGUAAUAUUCUCCGUGGUCGGUGCAGUUUUAGGUUUGAUUCUUUUAUCAGCUCUCUUUGCUACUUUUUAUCGGGUGAGAAGAAGGGCCAACAAGACAGCUUUGCCAGCGCUUUUCUUGGAGGGCCAUUUGUUAAACGUUUCUUAUGCUGAUCUCUUUAAAGCGACUGGCGGGUUCUCUUCCGACAAUUUGAUUGGCGUGGGAAGUUAUGGUUCUGUAUACAAAGGAAUACUAGAUCACGAUCAAACGGUCGUUGCUGUGAAAGUUCUCAAUCUUCAACAACGUGGAGCUUCAAGGAGUUUCCUUGCGGAAUGUGAAGCCUUGAGAAAUAUCCGACAUCGGAAUCUUCUCAAAAUCAUAACUGCUUGCUCAAGCAUUGAUUUUAACGACAAUGAUUUCAAAGCUCUAGUAUUUGAGUACAUGAAUAAUGGGAGUCUAGAGGAGUGGUUGCAUCCAAGUGUACAUGAGCAGCAAGAGUUGAGGAGCUUGAACCUUAUUCAAAGGCUAGAUAUAGCCAUUGAUGUUGCCUCUGCAUUGGAGUAUCUUCAUCACCAUUGCCACAUGCCGGUCAUUCAUCGCGAUCUAAAACCAAGCAAUGUUCUACUGGAUGAUGACAUGUGCGCCCAUGUGGGUGAUUUCGGAUUAGCAAGGUUCCUUUCUAAUGUUGCUGGUAAUACCUCUCAAGAUCAAACCAACUCAACUGGGAUCAAGGGAUCUGUUGGCUAUGUUCCUCCAGAGUAUGGAAUGGGCGGAAUGGCAUCUACACAUGGAGAUGUCUACAGUUACGGAAUUCUUCUUUUGGAGAUGUUCACAGGAAAGAGACCAACUGAUGAUAUGUUCGAAGACGGUCUGAGCCUUCAUCAAUUUGCUGAGAAGGCUUUGCCUGAUCUGGUGAUGAAGAUUGUAGACCCACGGCUGCUCUCCGAAGAAGUUCAAGCUCUGAACAACAGAGAACAACACCCCAUUCCACGGAGUAAAAUGCAAGAGUGCUUGGCUUCUGUGGUCAAAAUUGGCGUCGCAUGCUCUGUAGAAUUUCCAAACAAGCGGAUGGCGAUGAGAGAUAUUGCUGCAGAAAUGCAUGCAAUCAGGGACUUAUAUCUUGGGGUUGGGAUUCACUGAGAUCAGCAAAAUGGGGCACAAACGUCGAACCAGGAUUCUUCUUAUCUUAGUUAUUAUUAACAAGCUGUUGUGGUUAGUCAAGUAAUGGAAGAUAUGUGGGUGCAGAAAGCUUCACCAUGCGUUUUACUUGGCUUUUUCAGCUUUGCAUUCUUAUUUUCAAGAUAUGCAUACAAAAAGAUUGUAUUGUAAUAUUUUAUUAAUGUAAGAAAUGAGUUUCCAACCAAAAAUCAGUUAUGGCCCAAAAGUAAUGAGU